UCAUGUUAUGACACUGAGAAGGAAACCAUUUAUAUCAGGCAGCCGAACAGAAGCUCAUUUUUUGUAAAAAUAACCAACUAAAAACAAUAACAUGCCGUAUUAAUUAUAUAAUUUAAACGGACACAUAAAAGGAGAAUGUUACGUUUGUGAGGGACUUUGUUUAAGUGGAUUUGAAGCAAUGCGGCGGCUUUACGUCGGCGGGUUGAACCACACAGUCACCCAGAAGGAUCUGAAGGAUCGCUUUGGAAAGUUCGGGGAGGUGCUGGACGUGGAGCUACGAACCAGGAGGGAUGAGGAGGGCGUUCCUUAUAAAACCUUUGCCUACAUCAACGUCAACAUUUCUGACACAGACCUGAAGAAAUGUUUGACGGUUCUGAACAAAUCCAAGUGGAAAGGAGGGACGCUGCAGAUUGAGACGGCCAAAGAGAGCUUCCUCCACAGGUCGGUUUUAUUGCUGAACUUCAUGUUUAUAGAGGAAGCUGCUGG